UCCCUCAGUCCCGUGGUGUGUCCGCCACAGCUUGUUUCACCGGCUGUCCUGUAUUCCAGGAGGCCGGCAUCUUCAGUGUGGGCACCGGGCUGUGAUAGCUCGCGGCUUCACAGCCGGGUGCCCACUGCACAUGAGCGAGUAGCGCUGCGCUUCGUGAAUUAUCCUGUAGUCUUCUGGGACCUGUCAUGUGUCCCAAAAGACUACAGGGAGGGAGGGAAAGGGAGGGAGGACAGCUUCCGCUUCUGAUCACCUAGGUGAUCGGACUGGAAGUGGGAGCGGGUACCUGUCAAAUUCAGGUACCCGCUCCCCAAAGGUGUCAAUCCUUAAUGGGGAGCA